AUGUGUCAGAAAUCAAAGAUUCAAAGAACCACUGGCCUGCAGUCAAAAAAGGAAGUGUAUGACACACAAGUGCUGAAAAGUAGCAUAAGAUCAAAAAAUGGCAACGACUUGGAUCAGCGUGGCUCGAACUCAAACAAGGAGGGUGCUGGAGGGCGCAGUUGGGCAUGGUUGGAUUGGGAGGAUGUGAGAGAUGUGCUGGGUACCCAAACCCAAACUAUACAAACUGAUUCCUUCAAUCUGUGUGAAGCUAAAUUUCAGGACUUGUCAAAAACGAGCACUGUGAACCAUCAUGCGUCACAUGUCAUAUUUGAACCACUGUCUGAAACUUCGCCCGUCCUUUCGCAUAGCCUCCAACAUCUGAAACUUCGCCCGUCCUUUCAUGUACCUCCAAUGUCCAAACUUUGCCUGUCCUUUCGCAUACCUCCAAUCUGCCACUUGCCUCAUGUGCCGUCUGCCUUGUAUGCCACCUUUCAUUCCUCACAUCCCGCCUUUCACCCUCUUCAAAAUUUGCUGCUGCUGGCUCCCCAUUCUUUGAGUUUGUUUCUGCAUCUAGUUGUCGCCGCCGCCACAAGUAGUUGUAUUGUUUUCCCCACUAGUACUUAG